AAAUCUGAAAUCCACAUGGCUGAAGGAAAUCUCCAGGGCAACGUGAAAGCCCCAUCCUGGUUAAUAAACGUCACUUUGGUUCGUCAAUUCCCAGGUGACAAAGCCAUUCUUUCCCCAUCAUUUAAACUACCCGCCUUCCUCUUCUUCCUUUUCCGAUCUGCACCACUCCCCUUCCCUUUGCUCUGUAAAACCCCAGUUUCACUUUCUUCUCUCUCAUCCUAAAACCCUAAAUUAAUAUCCAUUGACCUUCUCCCUUUUCGUCUAUUUCGCAGAUCCGGCCGUUUAUCUAAUCCAGAUUUUGGAUCUCGUUGUUAUUGGAACACCUACACGAGGACGUAGUAGGAAGAUCUUUUAGGGCUUUGAUUUGGUUGAAUUAUGGCUGCUCCUGUUCCUCCGGGGGCACCUAGACCUGGCUACAAUCAGCAGCGUCCACCGCCUAAUUAUAACCCCAAUUUGCAAUCAAACCCCACUUCUUUAGCCGAUAACAUGCAGAAUUUGAAUCUCAAUAGGCCGGCUUCUAUGCCUGGUUCUGGUCCCAGGCUUCCCCCUUUUGCCCAGGCAGCGCCUUUUGGCCAAUCAGCCCCUUCCCCUGGGUUUCCGGCUGCAUCACCACCAUUUUCACGCCCAGGUCCACCCCCUGCUGCCCUUUCUAGGCCUGCUGCACCCCCUUCUGGAUUUCCACCAUCCACAUUUCCCCCCAAUGUAGCCCAAGCAAGACCCCGUGGCCCUCCUGUUAGUCAGCCUCAGCCGCCUCCUUUUGCGUCCAGGCCACCUCCUGGUUCCUUGCCCUCUACAAUGGGAGGACCUGUUGUGCCUCCAGCAGGGGCUCCUAGUAAUUUUCCAUAUUCAGGUAUCCCUAGUGGUGGAAUUGGAGCAACAUCACAGCCGCCGGGUGCUCGACCAAGUCCUUUUCCAUCAGCUUUGCCUUUGAGUGCUGCUCCUGUAAUGCCUUCGUCUAGUACCCUAGGUGGCCCAGUUAGUAAUGGCACCCCACUGUUUGCCUCAGGUCCUUUGACAACUGCUCCAGGGUACCCUCCAGCCAGCAGCUCUCCCCAACCACCAAUGGGACCUCCACCAACUAUAUCAUCCGCCAGGGCUCCUCCUCAGGCUCCAAGCAUGCAUUCUUUCAUGGGAAGUCCAACUGUCGGUGCUCCACCAGGUGCUUCCAUGCAAAUGCCUUCACCAUUUUUGGCAACAUCUCAAGGUGUCCCACCAUCCAUGGGUUCUCCAUAUGGACCACAGUCGUGGCCAAUGCAACCUCAACAGGUGGGUGCACCUCCACCAAUUCCUGGUUCAGUUCAACAGCGAAGAAUGUUUGGAAUGCAUCCAACUCUGCCACAUCAAUCAACUACCAUAUCACCUGCCACGGGUCAAACUGGUGCCCCAGUGGCAGGUCCAUCAAGGAUUGAUCCACAUCAAAUCCCAAGGCCCAUUCCAAGCGCCACAGCGGUUGUGCAUGAAACACGUGUGGGCAAUCAGGCCAAUCCACCUCCGCCUGCUACGAGUUAUUAUAUUGUUCGAGACACUGGGAAUUGCAGCCCACGUCACAUGAGAAGCACCAUCAGUCAGAUUCCCUGCACAGUUGAUCUUUUGUCGACAUCUGGGAUGCAAUUGGCUUUGUUGGUCCAACCUUUGGCUCUUCCUCAUCCAUCCGAGGAGCCUAUACAAGUUGUGGACUUUGGUGAAAGUGGCCCUAUUCGAUGUUCUCGCUGCAAAGGGUACAUAAAUCCUUUUAUGAAGUUCAUUGAUCAAGGGAGGAAGUUCAUCUGUAACUUGUGUGGGUUUGCGGAUGAGACUCCUCGUGACUACCAUUGUAAUCUAGGUCCAGAUGGUAGGCGUAGAGAUGCUGAAGAAAGGCCUGAGCUGUGCAGUGGAACUGUUGAAUUUGUUGCUACAAAGGAAUACAUGGUGCGGGACCCAAUGCCUGCUGUCUACUUUUUCCUUAUUGAUGUAUCCAUGAAUGCCAUACAGACUGGUGCAACUGCUGCAGCUUGCAGUGCAAUCAAUCAAGUUAUCUCUGAUUUACCUGAUGGACCACGAACACUGGUGGGAAUUGCAACAUUUGACUCAACAAUUCAUUUCUACAAUUUGAAGCGUUCACUGCAGCAGCCAUUGAUGCUUAUUGUUCCUGAUGUGAAUGAUGUUUACACCCCUCUUCAGACGGAUAUUGUAGUCCAGCUUUCUGAGUGUCGUCAACAUUUAGAACUACUGUUGGAAAGUAUCCCUACAAUGUUUGAGAAUAAAAAAACUGCUGAAUCAGCCUUUGGUGCGGCAAUCAAGGCUGCAUUCUUGGCAAUAAAGAGCACUGGGGGGAAGCUUUUGGUAUUUCAGUCAGUCCUGCCAUCAGUUGGGAUUGGGUCCCUAUCAUCUAGGGAUGCUGAAGGGAGAACUAACAUUUCUGCUGGGGAUAAGGAGGCCCAUAAAUUACUUCAACCAGCUGACAAAACCCUGAAGACAAUGGCGGUUGAAUUUGCUGAAUAUCAGGUUUGCGUUGAUCUAUUUAUUACUACUCAGUCGUAUGUGGACAUUGCUUCCAUCUCUGUCAUCCCAAGAACAACUGGAGGACAGGUUUACUAUUACCAUCCCUUCUCAGCACUAUCUGAUCCUUCGAAGCUCUACAAUGAUCUCAGAUGGAAUGUCACUAGACCCCAAGCAUUUGAAGCUGUCAUGCGUGUGAGAUGCAGUCAGGGAAUUCAAGUUCAAGAGUACUCAGGAAACUUUUGCAGACGCAUUCCGACUGACAUUGACCUCCCCGGGAUUGACUGUGACAAAACUAUAAUGGUCACGCUAAAGCAUGAUGAUAAAUUGCAAGAUGGCUCAGAAUGUGCUUUUCAGUGUGCCCUUCUUUAUACUACUGUGUAUGGCCAAAGGAGAAUUCGAGUUAUAAAUUUAUCUCUACCAUGCACAAGUAUGCUGAGCAAUUUGUUUCGUUCAGCUGACUUGGAUACCCAAUUUGCAUGUUUCUUGAAGCAAGCGGCACAUGAAAUUCCAUCUAGUCCGCUGUCAGUGGUCAAGGAACAAGUUACAAAUCAUUGUAUCAACAUUCUGCCAUCAUAUCGUAAAUUUUGUGCGACAGUGUCAUCAUCUGGACAACUUAUUCUUCCUGAGGCACUUAAGCUUCUACCGCUUUACACUCUUGCGUUAAUAAAAGGUACAGGUUUGAGAACUGAUGGGAAAAUAGAUGAGCGAUCUUUCUGGAUCAAUUAUGUUUCCUUUCUCUCUACUCCUUUGGCAAUUCCACUGGUGUACCCCAGGAUGGUAGCCAUCCACGAUCUUAAUUCACAGGAUGAUGAUAAAUCUCUUAUCCCUCCUGCAAUCCCGCUUUCUAGUGAACAUGUGAGUGAUGAGGGAAUCUAUCUACUUGAGAAUGGUGAUGAUGGCUUAAUAUAUAUUGGAAACUCAGUACAUUCAGAUAUCUUGACACAAUUAUUUGGCUUUUCCUCUAUUGACGAAAUCCCCACCCAGUUUGUACUCCAGCAAUAUGACAAUCCCUUGUCAAAGAAGCUAAAUGAUGUGGUUAAUGAGAUACGACGCCAAAGAUGUUCAUAUCUCCGCCUAAAAUUGUGCAAGAAAGGAGAUCCAUCAGGAAUGCUAUUCUUGUCGUAUUUGGUCGAAGACAAGAACUCAAGUUUACCCUCCUAUGUCGAGUUUCUUGUUCAUAUUCAUCGGCAAAUCCAAUUAAAAAUGUCGUGAUUGUUUUGCACUUCUUCAGCCUGAUUCACAUAUGAUCAAAGCAGAGGGAGGAAAAUUUGAAGCCGGGAUCAUAGGGAGCCCCCAAUUCUUUGAGUUCUUCUAUAUAAAUAGGGGUGUAUCAGAAUUGUAUUGUGGCUUCAACUUGGUUUUCAGCUUUGGCUCAUUUUUCUGUUGGGGCACAUUUCGAUCAGAGCGUUAAAGAUAUGUCCUUUCCAUCGCAAUUGCAUGAAUUGUAGUGUCUGCUUCAUCUGUUUAUUUGAUUUUCAAAAGCAAUCUAGUUAAAAGUUUUGCUAUUCAGAAGCUCACUCAUAGUCUUGUUGAUAUCAGAAAUUUUUGGAGGGCGUAAUAAGUGUCUUUUGUUACUCAUUGCGGCGGAUUGUUCUUGUUUGUUCCCUUGUGCAGACACAUUUCAUCUCUCUCAUCUGUUUUUUGAACAUCCCCCCCUUGAGCUGUGAUUCUAAAUUAGGUUUACCACCCAGUAUCCCAGUAUUUGAUUAGGUUUACCUUCCAUGAAUUCUGGGGUGGGAACAUGUAUAAACGAGUCUGGCCAGUGAAUGGACUGAUUAAUUUGUAAUUUACUUA